CUCCUACAAUCGGGAUUCGGGAGAGAAAGAAAACAGUAGCCUACGAAUUUAAAGUCGUUAGCUCUUACCGUUUGACGGACGAAUCAUGAAUGCGACAUUGUCAUUUUUUCUCCUUGUCGCCUUAGCGGUCCUGGGAAUAGAAUCCGCUACCAUAAAACCCCGUUGCCGAUGUAUUCAAAAUGCGCCAGAGGAUACAUGCGCUAAGAUUAAGGCAAAGAUGGUCAAGAGGAUUGAGCGUUUCCCAGCUGGACCCUUCUGCAAGAAAGAAGAAGUCAUCAUUCAUUUCCAAAAAGGAAAAACGCUGUGUGUUGAUCCUGCAGCAAAAUCACUGGAAAAACUGGAAAGAAGCAUCCAGCCGAGGUCAGCUGCCAACAUCAGCACCACUAGUACCCCGGAGACCACGACUGCAGACAACUGAUGACCAUCACAGCGACGUGGAGGAAGAAACCUGGGAAGGAGAAGGACGCAUGCUGCUCAGUCCAAGUCAGACUCUUGGCAUUGAGGUCUCUGAUGGUCAGCCAGUGAUAACUGGGUGCAGAGAGAGGUGCUGGGAUACAGAUGAUGAAGCACUAUUUCUGUAUUCAGAUGAGAAUCAAAAGUCGGAAUGUGGAAGUUAUUAAUGGAAGAAGUUAUAUUUUGCACAAUGUUUUUUUUCAUUUUUUUUCAGGGGUACUUAACUGUCUCUGUAUACCAAUUUCAACAUAUGAAUGUUUUUUUUAAUGUUUAAUCAGAAAUGUUAUUGACAAUUUUAUUUGGUAAAUAUAGCUGUAGAUUAGGAGAGUACAAUUAACAAAAAUUAAAUUUCAACUGAUUAAUUCAUUGCAAGCCAAAUUGUUGAAUAGUUUUGGUUGUCGGAUAGGCUAUGUGUCACAUCAUGUGACUAAUACACAUGCUAUAUGAUUGUCUCAUGAUAACAUUCCAAAUAAUUAAUCAAGCUGGCAAUUAAUUAAAUGUUUUUUAAAAGUGCUUCACAGCCCUACUUUAAAUAGAAGCAAUACACUUUUUAAUCAAUAGAAUGUCUUUUUUCAUUGUUAUUAGAUUAUGAGAUGAUUAUGCAAACUGCAGUACUGUAUACGGUCAAUGUGAAUACAUUUUUAAAUAUUUUAUAUGAUGUUUAUAUGUAUUUUUGCACUUGUUGACGUCUUUGUCUUUCAGUCUAUGUGUCUGGUAAUGUUAAAAUACAUUUUAGUGCUUCAUCAAAAUGUAAAUUCUGACUAGGCCUAUUUAUUUAAAUAAAAAAAUGGCUAUUUUA